ACUGUUUUGCAGCCAAAAUUGUGAGGCACGAUGUGCGAUGACGAUGAAACCACUGCCCUUGUAUGUGACAAUGGUUCGGGGCUUUGCAAAGCUGGGUUUGCAGGAGAUGAUGCCCCAAGAGCUGUAUUCCCAUCCAUCGUUGGACGGCCCCGACAUCAGGGUGUUAUGGUCGGAAUGGGUCAAAAAGACAGCUAUGUAGGGGAUGAAGCACAAAGUAAAAGAGGGAUCCUGACACUGAAGUAUCCCAUUGAGCAUGGAAUCAUCACUAACUGGGAUGACAUGGAAAAGAUUUGGCAUCAUUCUUUCUAUAACGAGCUCCGGGUUGCCCCAGAGGAACACCCCGUCCUGCUGACCGAGGCCCCUUUGAAUCCCAAGGCCAACCGCGAGAAAAUGACUCAGAUUAUGUUUGAGACGUUCAACGUGCCAGCCAUGUAUGUAGCAAUUCAGGCAGUGCUGUCUCUGUACGCAUCUGGAAGAACGACUGGAAUAGUUUUGGAUUCUGGGGAUGGUGUCACACACAACGUGCCUAUCUAUGAGGGCUAUGCCUUGCCUCAUGCCAUCAUGAGACUCGAUCUGGCAGGCAGAGACCUGACUGACUAUCUCAUGAAAAUUCUUACGGAGAGAGGCUACUCUUUUGUCACCACUGCGGAACGGGAGAUUGUGAGAGACAUCAAGGAGAAGCUUUGUUAUGUGGCUUUGGAUUUUGAAAAUGAAAUGGCAACUGCUGCUUCUUCCUCCUCUCUUGAAAAGAGCUAUGAGCUUCCUGAUGGACAAGUCAUCACCAUUGGGAAUGAACGCUUCCGAUGCCCAGAAACUCUCUUCCAGCCAUCCUUCAUAGGGAUGGAAUCUGCAGGUAUCCACGAAACGACUUACAACAGUAUUAUGAAAUGCGAUAUCGACAUCCGUAAGGAUCUCUAUGCUAAUAACGUCCUCUCUGGAGGAACCACGAUGUAUCCUGGGAUUGGCGAUCGUAUGCAGAAAGAGAUUACAGCUUUGGCUCCAAGUACUAUGAAGAUUAAGAUGAUUGCACCACCAGAACGUAAAUACUCUGUCUGGAUUGGGGGUUCAAUAUUGGCAUCUCUGUCCACUUUUCAGCAAAUGUGGAUCAGUAAAGAUGAAUAUGAGGAAGCUGGUCCCUCUAUUGUCCAUCGCAAGUGCUUUUGAAUACUUCCGUCAUGUACGCUGUGUUAAGUAGUGCUGUUUCUCUACACACCACCUGCCCUCACUCACCUCUUGAGGGUGGUUUGGCUUUCUUCCACAUGUUAAAAAACCCACGCUGUAUGGAU